UGCAGAAGGUAACUUCAUAGCAGCAAUGAUUUGCAUGCCAACUUGGAUUGUUGAGAAAAAAAAGUUGACUGUUUAUUUCACCCUAUAGUUCGAUAAUUGUCACUGAUUCAAAGUAAAUAUGUGUUCAGAACUUGAUAUUGCAUCUAAAAGCACGUAAGCUAAAACCAAGCUUAAUACUGCCUAGAAUUUCAGGUGAUUUGGUUUUGUAAAUUCAGCAACCUGUUCUAUCUGGUAAUUCGGUGUUAGGGAUCAAUUUCAGAAUCGAUGAUAAAUUGAGGGACCUCAAGUUAACUUACUCUUGGGGAAGAUAAUCGUGGGAGGGCCCAUCAACACAUUCCGGCCCGUUAGGCCUGGCUUAAUGGCUAGUGUUUGUACUCGUGUAUCCAACUAUUCCCCGUGCCGUCCGCCGGAGCGGAGCACUCGUUACCAUCCCCCUCUCCGGCGGCCGUCUCCCCAUCUCCGGGCCUCCGGCGGCGAUCUUGCGGUGCUAGGUGCGCGCUCGGGUUUCCGUGAACUCCUCGGAUUGCUGUGCCUGCGUUGUCGGAGUCGGAGUCGGAGUCGGAUUCGGAGAUGGCGAGGAGGCCAGCCUAGCCUAUAUAGCAUCCGACGAUUUCGUGGUGCCCGCGUUGUGGUUUGAAUCACUUCUGUGGAAUGGGGAGAAGUGCUCCCCCUUCAGCUCCGGCUGCCGCGGCGGCGCCGGCGAGAGGCGGACGGAAGCGCAAGCGCCACCUGGUGACCACUUCUCCGGCGGCGCAGGUAGGCGGCUGGGCGUCUCUCCCCACCGACCUAACCCGCCUCGUCGCCGGCCGGGUGCUCGCCGGCGACGUGGUGGACUACAUUGCAUUCCGAGCCGUCUGCUCCGGCUGGCGCGCGUGCGCGCCCUCGCCGCGCGACCCCACCCUGCGGAAGCACCUGCUCCGCCCGCGCGCGUGGGUCGCGCUGUGCGACGGCGACGCCGCCCGCCCCGACGACGCCUGCGAGAUCACCUUCUUCCACACCCGCACGGCCAGGAGCCUCCGUGUCCGCCUCCCGGAGCUCCGUUGCCACAGGAUCGUGGGCUUCACCGACGGCCUCAUCAUCCUCCUCCACAAGCGCACCACCGCCGUCCGCGUGCUCAACCCCUUCACCGGCGUCGCCGUCGACCUCCCGCCCCUCGCCCCCGUGUUCCACCAGGUGGUCAAGAACCGCAACUCCCUGCUCUACAUGCUGCACCAGCGCCACGUCUCCGAUGACCCCCAUUGCCGUCAUCGUCUGGUUCCCUUACACGGCUGGAGUGCUCGGCUGUGAGGCUAGCCACCCAAGCUGGGAGGUCAUCCACAAAGACAUGGAGCUCUUGAACACAUUGCCCUUCCAAGGUCGACUCUACGGCUUCCGGCGAUUGACAAGGCAGAUUGUGCAAGUCUACCCUCCAAACCCGCUUGGCCCCGUUGUUGCUCAUGUCCCUGCCAAGUUCGGCGAUCCAGACAUCCAGUCUCCUGCUCCUACAACCUAGUCGACUCUUGUGGGCAUAUGCUCCUCGUUGUCCGCCAUGGGAGUGCGACAAGGGAGGCCAAGGAGUCAUGGCAACGUUGCGCAUUCACAAUCUUCGAGGUGGAUGUCAGCAGCUGGGAACUGCUUCCAGUUAGGGCACCCACAAUGGUUAUCUAUAGGCUCUCUACAAGAGAUCCAUGUCAGCAUAUUUUCCUACUUGGAAUGUAUUAAAUGAAGAGAGAGAGCAAAGCUAUCUACUAACUUAGAGAUA